AUAGACAUGACAUAGCGCUUUUGAUUAAAGAGGCACUUCAAAGUACUUAAGAUAGCGAAAUUGCAGUGUCUAUCCGAUAGUAGUUGUGUCACCAUGAAUCGAAUAGUGAUAUUUGGAGCUACAGGAAACACCGGAUUAUGUGCUGUAAAUAGCGCUGUAAACAAGGGUUUAAAUGUAAGAUUAUUUGUGAGAGAUGAAUCUAAAGUUCCAAUAAAUGUGAAAGAUAAAGUGGAGAUAGUUGUUGGAGAUGUUACCAAUGCUGAACAAGUCUCAAAUGCAGUAUCUAAUAGAGAUGCAGUGGUUGUUGUGCUUGGCACACGGAAUAAUUUGAGUCCUACUACAAUAUUAUCCCAGGGUAUGAAAAAUAUAAUAGAUGCUAUGAAAGCACACAACGUAGACCUAGUAUCUGUUUGUUUAUCUGCAUUUUUAUUUUAUAAACCCGAAGCAGUGCCUGCUAUAUUUAAAGAUUUAAAUGCAGACCAUCAGCGUAUGUUUGAUCUUCUUAAAGAAAGUCAAUUAAAAUGGAUUGCAAUAUUACCACCUCAUAUUGCAGGUAUUGGUUGUGCAGAUGUGCCAAGUUCAAAAUAUAUAGUGAAACAUGAUGAGUCUCCCGGUCGGGCUAUUUCCAAACAUGAUUUAGGUGCAUUUCUUGUUGAAAGUCUUCAGCAAGCAGAACAUUAUCAAAAAGUUUGUGGUAUUACAAAUGUUGCAUAAUUAAUAUAAAAUGCAAUUGCACACUACUAAAAAUUAUU